AUGGCUGCUAACUCACAACAGUUUGGCAUUCGCCAAGAUCCUAUUCCACUACCCAAAUCAGCUAAUGAAGUGAGUACCUCUAAUGCUAAUCAGUUGGGUCAACAAUUGGCUCAAUUAACUGCAGUGGUACAACAACUAGCUUUAGGCCAACCGAUGUAUUAUGAACCCUUUUCACAAACUUAUAAUCCUGGCUGGCGUGAUCAUCCAAAUUUUCGUUAUGGGAAUCAACAACAAGUUGCUCCACAGUCUACAUCUGCUAGACCACCUGUUUCAGCAAACCACCCAAGCUUCCAUCAAAAGUUAAAGAAUCAGGUGGGACAAUUAGCAGCAUCAUAUAACGGGUUGGAAGCUCAUCUGUCUAAUAAAUUGCCUUCACAACCUGAGAUGAAUCCAAAGGAGAAUGCUAGUACAGUAACUUUGCGAAGUGGGACGCAAUAUGAUCCACCUAGUCCUCCAAUGCCUAGUAAAUUUUCAUCCAAGCCACAAGUUGAUUGCUUAGUUAAUGAAGAUGUUCCUUCAAAGCCAACCACCCCUACAGAACUAAACCCUAAGCCUACUUUUGUCAUCCCACCUCCAUUCCCAAGCAGACUAAAAAGGAAAAGGUUGACAAGGAAAUUUUUGAUACAUUCUGAAAGGUGUGUAAUAGAAGAUGUUUUAGGUCAAGUGAAUGAAUUGGUGUUUCCGGCUGAUUUUUAUGUUCUUGAUAUGGAAGAUGAAUCUAUUCCAUGCUCCACUCAAAUUAUGUUGGGGCGACCAUUCAUGAAAACUACGAGAACUAAGAUUGAUGUGCAUGACGGUACAUUACCCAAGGAAUUUGAUGGGGAGAUAAUUCGAUUUAAUAUUUUUGAGGCUAUGAGGUAUCCAAGUGAUGUACAUGCUGUUUACUCUCUUGAUGUGUUGGAUAUCCUUUCUCAACGAGUUUUAGAUUUGCAUAGUGAAGAUUAUUUGGAGGUUGCGUUGAGAGAGCAUCUUGUGUUGACCGAUGAAGAUUUUUCUCAUGAGAUCAUGGAUGUCAUAACCACACUCAAUAGUGGUUUUGACAAGACUUUUAAAAUGGUUUCAUUUAUGAAUUUACCGAUUUCUAAUGAGAAAUUGCAGCCAUCAAUUGUUCAAGCUCCUACACUUGAAUUAAAAUCACUUCCAAAGCAUCUCAAAUAUGUUUACUUGGGGAAGAACGAGACACUUCCAGUUAUAAUUGCAAGAAAUCUUAACCAAGUCCAAGAAGAAAAAUUAAUGAGAGUACUCCAAGAAUAUAAAACAGCCAUUGGUUGGUCUAUUGCUGAUAUUACGGGGAUUAGCCCUUCUAUGUGCAUGCACCGAAUUUUACUUGAAGAAUGGUCUAAACCAACACGUGAGGCACAACAGAGAUUAAAUCCACCUAUGAUGGAGGUUGUGAAAAAGGAGAUACUGAAGCUCCUUAGUGUGGGUAUUAUUUACCCAAUUUCAGUCAGUCAAUGGAUUGUUAUAGCUCCUGAAGAUCAAGAGAAGACAACUUUCACAUGCCCUUUUGGUACAUUCAUUUUCCGACGUAUGCCGUUUGGUGUUUAUGGUGACUCAUUUGAUCGCUGCCUUCAUAAUCUCACUUUGGUACUCCAGCAGUGUAUUGAAACUAACCUUGUGCUUAAUUGGGAAAAAUGCCAUUUUAUGGUAAACCAAGGUAUAGUAUUGGGUCAUGUGAUUUCAGUCAAGGGAAUAGAGUUCGAUAAGGCAAAGAUUGAUUUAAUUCAUUCUCUACCAUCUCCGACUAGUGUGAAAGAAGUGAGAUCAUUCCUUGGGCAUGCUGGGUUCUAUCGGAGAUUUAUCAAGGAUUUCCCUAAAAUUUCCACACCACUAUGCAACCUUCUUCAAAAAGAUGUAAAGUUUGAGUUUAAUGAAAAGUGUUUAGUGGCUUUCAACUUAUUAAAAGAUUCUUUGACUACAGCUCCUAUAAUUCAACCACCGAAUUGGGAGCUACUUUUUGAACUCAUGUGCGAUGCAAGUGAUUAUGUCGUGGGUGCAGUUCUUGGGCAGCGAGUUGACAAGCUUCCUCUUGUUAUAUACUAUGCUUCUCGCACUUUUAAUGAUGCUCAACUUAAUUAUUCCACCACUGAAAAAGAGCUCUUGGCGGUCAUUUUUGCCUUGGAAAAGUUUCGGUCAUACUUGAUUGGAACUAAAGUGAUUGUUUAUACCCACCAUGCUGCUCUUCGCUAUCUAUUGGCAAAGAAAGAAGCCAAGCCUCGGCUGAUUCGGUGGAUUCUACUUCUUCAAGAGUUUUAUUUGGAGAUAAAAGAUAAAAAGGGUUCUGAGAAUAGGGUGGCGGACCACUUGAGUCGUCUAAUUCGGGAUGAAGAUAAUUUUCCCAUAGAAGAAAAAUUUCCGGAUGAGCAACUCCUCACCAUGCAAGAAGUUAUUCCUUGGUAUGCCGACAUUGUAAACUACCUUGCUUCAAAGGAGUUACCAAGUGAUCUCACACAAGCACAACGGAACAAGAUCAAGCAUGAUGCUCGCCACUACAUAUGGGAUGAACCUUAUCAUUGGAAGCAUUGUACAGAUCAAAUCAUUCGAAGGUGUGUACCUGAAUCUGAAUUUUGUUCCAUCCUUGCUUUUUGUCAUGCUUAUUCUUGUGGUGGACACUUUGGACCUAAGAGGACAGCUCGUAAGAUAUUCGACAGCAAUUUCUAUUGGCCCACAAUUUUCAAAGAUUCUUAUGCUUAUUGUAAAUGUGAUCGUUGUCAACGAUGGACUAUGUGUCUAAAUGGGUGGAAGCAAUUGCAACUAGAACGGAUAAUUCAAAAAACAGUAGUGGAUUUCAUUCGCUCCAAUAUUUUUGUGCGUUUUGGUACACCUAAGGCUAUACUUAGUGAUCGAGGCACUCACUUUUGUAACAAGAGCAUAGAAGCAUUGUUUCGAUGCUAUAGUGUAACUCACAAGGUGACAGUUGCUUAUCAUCCACAAGCCAACGGGCAAGCGGAGGUUUCUAAUCGUGAAAUCAAAUUGAUUCUUGAGAAAACUGUAAAUCCAAACCGGAAAGAUUGGAGUACAAGGCUUGAUGAUGCCUUGUGGGCGUAUCAUAUGGCAUAUAAAACACCUAUCGGUAUGUCACCAUAUCGGUUGGUGUAUGGGAAGCCUUGCCAUCUACCGGUAGAGCUAGAGCAUAAGGCUUGGUGGCCUGUAAAGAAGUGUAAAAUGGACAUGGUUGCUGUAGGACAACAACGAAUGCUUCAAUUGCAUGCACUAGAAGAAAUAUGCAAUGAAGCAUAUAAGAGCUCGAGAAUCUACAAGGAGAAAACCAAAGCUUUUCAUGACAAACAUAUUCUUCGGAAGAGUUUUGUGGAAGGUAAGAAAGUUCUCAUGUAUCACUCUCGCCUUAAACUUUUUCCUGGGAAGUUGAAGUCUCGCUGGUUAGGGUCGUUCACUGUCACCAAGGUUUUUCCUCAUGGAGCGGUCGAAGUUGUAAGUCCAAGUACAGGAAAGUCAUUCAAGGUGAAUGGUCAGAGAUUAAAGCCAUAUUAUGAAUCAAUGGAGAAAGAACAAGCUGAUGUGAUUCACCUCAUUGACCCGGUAUAUGUUGAUGAAUGA